ACCAAAGAACGAAACAAAACGCAUCGCGUAUCAAGCAACGUCUCUUCUUCCUCCACCUUCACCACAAUGCUCUGUUCCCGAUUCUGCGUCCGUACGAUCCCCGGCGUUGCCACCGUCGCCGAUCACGGCAAUGCCACUCGCUGUUCCUCCACCUGCCUCCCUCACUCCUCCCUCGCAAUGGACCUCUCCCCUCUCCUCCACCACGCUCCUUCCCUCCGAACAAGCCGCCUCCGAUGCCGCAAAUCGGUCCUCAUUUCAUGCGAUUCCUCGCGUGGACCUUCCCGCAGCAGAUCCAGCUUCGGCGAUCAUCACGAUGACUAUCUCGAAGCUUCUCUUCUUCUCUCUGAAACAAUUUCACACUAUCAUAUGUGGAGGCAUCGGUCUCAAGAAGAGUUACGAUGGAAAUCCUCUACACCAUCAAUUCCCAUAGCUGUCCAAGGAAGAAAUUUGAGAUCAGAUAAUAAUUUGAUGAGACAAAGCUUUCUACAGCGUUUCCAGAAUCCAACCAUUUUUCUCAAGAUUUCUUGUGAUGGAGACUAUAUUCUGCCCAUUGUUGUAGGAAAGGUCGCUAUUGAAAAACUAAUUGAUCCUGAAGUUGAAGAAAAUGGGGUUUGUCCAGACCAGUUCCAGUUGGCAAAAAACGUGGUUGAAAGACUAGACCAUGAAGUGAUAAUGGUGAGGAUUACAGAGAGAGUGGUCAGUACUUAUUUUGCCAGAGUGUACCUUAGCCAGCCAGGGAAAAGCAAUAUUAUUAGUGUGGAUGCACGGCCCUCUGAUGCCAUUAAUAUUGCAAAUAGAUGCAAGGCCCCAAUAUAUGUUAGUAAACAAAUUGUCUUAGCAGAUGCUAUCAGGCUUGGUUAUGGAAUGGGCAGAGCGCAUAACAAAAGACCUACUUAUGAUGUAGUACUUGACAGUGCUGUAGAUGGUCCUGAUUUAGUAGCUGAAGAACUUAGUAUGAUGAAUAACAUGCAUAUAGCUAUCAAACAUGAAAGAUUUGAAGAUGCUGCUAUAUGGAGAGAUAAACUUGCAAAUCUUCGUAAAUCAAAACAUGAACACUAACUGGCUCGUUAGGAUAACUUGUGAGGAAGAGAAUGUAUCUUCUCCUAAUUUUUCAACAGGAAGAAUAUAUUAUUGAGGCAUAAGAUACACAAAAAUGAGGAAAACUGGAAAAAGUAUGAUAUGUAUAGUUGUGAAUUAUAGUCAUCAACCCGUGUUAAUGUAUAUAAAAUGUAUUGAAAUUCCGCUUCUACGAAUACUCAGAAUUGCAAGAGUGUGGAAUUGAUAUCUGGUGAUGAGUACAUAAUAUCUUUCUUGAUCUUGAGUAUUUAAGUGACUGAUUAACUACUCUCUGUUAGGGUUCAAAUCCAAAUUGAUUCAAAUUAAACUGUUCAUCGAAUUCAAUUUAAAUUAAAAACUGAUUAAAACCGCACUAAUUUGGAUUUGAUUGGUGUUACGGUAGGUAACCGGAGAUUAGCCCAAUGAAUGACGUUAGGCGACCCAAGUGUAUAACGGAGGAGAAUUCCAGGUAGGUUCGCAACUCGGGAGGCUCCGUCCGACUUGUGCUCGCGUGUGAAUGGGGGGUGGUACCUGCAAGGACACUCCGAUGCCUAAGUUAGCAAGGGUGUAAGCAGGUCUUAGAGAGUAUUGGACUUAGGAAUACCUGAGGUGUGUCAGUGUACUUAUAGUGGUGAGCCAAUAACCACCGUUGGAGUAGUGCCGUAUCUUUAGGAUAAUAACCGUCCCACUAUCUUAGGGAGGUUAAGAUAUGGCUUUAGGAAGUGGUUAGAGAGAUUCUAGGGGCGGUUACUCAUUUGAAUGAGUGUUUACUUGCCAGCUAAUCUCACAACCGACUUCUUCGUACCAAGUCGGGGUGGACACCGACCUCUAGAGUGGAGGUGGGUGCUUUGCUAGGCUUAAUCUAAUGGAUCAGGCCUUUCGAUUGGACCUGGGCCCUUAACAUUGGGCCAGGGUAUGAACAGUGCCCCUACUUGAGCCCAAAUCUUUUUAAAGUUUGGGUUCAAAUAUUUAACUCGGGUUCGUAGUCGACUUGUUUAAAAGAACACGGAUCUUGGAAACCGACGUGAUUUCCGCGACUUUUAGUUUCUGACAGUUACGUCAAUUCAAGCGUCGUGUCCGUUGAGGGUUUAUUUAGGGAUUGAGGGCUUUGGUAACGGUGCAGUCGCAUUAAUGACUGCCUCGUUUUUACCAUUGUGCCCCUUAGCCUAUUUAUAAAUACUUUCCCUCUCUUUCCAUUUUCCGUUUCUGCGAUCUUUCAAACUUCUUCUUAUCUUGUUCGUAUUGCAUCCUUGCGUUCGAAGACUUCUGUUCUUCUCCAACCUCCAUU